UUCUCUUUUUUCCUAUUUUUCAUCAGAAAGCGUGUGAAGCUUUGUUGGACAGAUCUGCCAUUUUAGUUAUCUAUUACAAAUUAAUUUUGCUAGAAAAUAAUAGUGGAAAAAGUUCAUCUUGUUUGAAAAUAAGCGUGGAAGAAGUUCAUCUUGUUAGGAAAUUAGCGCAUAAGAAGUUAAUCUUGUUAGAAACAAUGUAUUUUCAAAAAAUUUGUGUUUUCAGAUAUUCCCUUAUUGCAAUUCAGAAAAUGGUGUCAUUUCAUACAAAAUCAAUAAAAAAGCAAACAUAACAAUGUAUGUCAUCUAGCAUCCAUAUGUUUGCUUUCUGCUCUGUGAUUUGCCGUACAUCCCCCGACCCCUGUAAGAUACACUUAUAUUUUAAAAUUGAACUGCUGCAGCACAUUUCUGAUAUGUAUUGUCUGAGCAUGUCUUGACCUUAUUCUAGAUGUUUAUAUGACUGCUAUUUUUGUACUUCUUAUCAGAUCUUUUUCUCUCAUGCUGCCUUUUAAAGAUUAUUUCUAUGAAUGCUUGUUAAAAUGUAUAGAUCACUCUAAUUGAAAAUUCUAUGAAAAGAAGAAGGGAAAAAAUGCAUCUAGCACUAGAUAAUGCAUCUAGCACUAGAAGGCAGUAACAUAUGGCCUCUUACAGAUGAAUGCAUUUGUCAAGAUGUUGAAAAGUGCAAUAAAGAAAAUGGAUUGUGGAAUAAUGAUAGUUUUUGUGAGAAAGAGCUUAUAUUCAGAAUGGCUGAUAAAGAAGUGGAAUUACUUAAGAGAUUGGAAAGCAAUGAUAAAUCUGAUGUUUGUGAUGCACUUAUGAAACUUCGAAAGCAUUAUAUUAGAAAUUAUAAGAACAUGAAGAAACUUCCUCAAACGUUUGUGAUAAAACUUUUAAUUUCUUUUACAGAAGAUCCAAGAUAUUGCAAUCUUGCACUUAGUAUUAUUGCUGAUGCUUGUUUGGAGAAGAAUCUUGUAUUUGAAAUUAUAAGACAAGAUGGAAUUCAAUCUCUUAUGCGAAUAAUGCAAAGCUUAGUCAAUGAUGAUAUUCAGAAUAGAGCAUGCAGAGCAUUAGGUAACAUAGCAAAGUGUGAAGUAGGUUUAAAGCGAAUUGCUACUUUGAGGCCUAUAUCUAAUAUAUUAAGAUUUUUGAUAGGUACUACUGAUAAAAACUGUCAGCAGACAGCUGUAAGAACCUUACGUAUUUUAGCUCGAGAUUCAAAAUCACGUGAAUUAAUUUUCCGAGAAAAUGGUAUAAUUUACAUUGCUAAAUUGUUGAAUUCUUCUAGUAAAGAAGUUCUUCUAUGUACCACAAAAGCUUUGGCAGAAUUGUCUGAAAACUGUACAGCUAGUUAUGCCAGACAGAUGCUAGAAAUGCACUCUAUAAAAAUGUUGGUUGAGCUUUAUUCACACUCUGAAAGGGAUAUUAGAGCUCAUGUAUUAACAUCUCUAAAAAAUCUCAGUGUGCAAGAAGAAACUCGAUCUGAUCUUAUCAAAGUUGGAGCUGUGAAACUGUUUACUGAAAUUGCAAUGAGUAAUAAAUCAUCUGAAAUGAGCAGGCUAGCAGCAUUAGCAUUGUGUAGUUGUCUUGAUCAUAUUCAUAUGUGGAAUAAUUAUGGAGUAUCAAGGCAUACUGGACUUAAGGCAAUAUUAGAAAUUCUCCGACAAAGAGCAUUUGAAGAUAUUCACAUUCAUAUAAUUUCUUCUCUUAUUCCACUUUGUUAUGAGGGUGGAGGAUCAGAAACAUUGUUUGAGCUUGAAAUUAUUCAAAUUUUAAUACAAAAUUUAGAGAAUUUUAUAAAUUGCCAUAAGACUGAUCAUGCAGUACCUGUGUUAGAGUAUGAAACUUUGACUAAAAAUGAAGCUCCCCCAUCUCCACCCCCUGCAGAAUUAAAAGUCAUUUCUGAUGAUGAGAUAAGCUGCAAUUCGUUUGCCACUUUUAGUUCCAAAGAUUAUGAUAUUUCGACAACUGAGACAAAUAAAAAUGCAAAAAUUAACAGAAGAAUUUCCUGUUUUGAAUUGGAGGAUUUUUCCAAUGCUUCUACUCCUGCUAAAAAUUUACCAAAAUUUUAUUCCUCUUACUGGAAUCUUCAUAGUACUGGUACUAGUAGUUACUGUAGUCUUAGUAGCGCAGGAAGUUAUACUGCUACCUCUCCUAACAAUGAUUUUAGUGUAGGUUCUCCUGUUGCCGAUCCAUGGUCGCCUGUAUCGGAUACAAAUGAAAGAGAAUUGUGCUGGUCACCAGUUUUAAAUUGCUCUGAUUCAUCAUAUGAUUACUCUGAAACUGAAGUGGAAUUCGCUAGUAAUUCAAAAUCUGAAUCAUCUACAACUCAAUCAUCUGAAAAUAAAAUGCUGUUUGGUUCCAUUUCUCCUUGUAAAAACAAAUUGCAUCCACCCAAUCGAGGUAAAGUAUCAGCUCCAAGUGGUUCAAAUAAAAUUGCAACUAAUAAAAUUUCGAUUAAUAUAACUGAUGCCGUGAAAUCGAAAUGUGAUCUAGAAACACAAUUUUCUGAUGAUAAAAAAUACCCUAUUUUUAAGAAACAUAAAAUCGAUGUAAAUUCAGAUGACAGAAAACCCAAAAUUUUAGUUCAUAGCCCUAGAGCUACGAAUAAAAUGGAUUUAUUAGAAACUUCUACCUAUAGAUAUGAAAAAAUCCUAAUAGAUCACCAUGUUUUAACCUUGCUUACGCAACUGUCUUUUCAUUUAGAGAAAAAGAGUAACUCGGCAAUUGCGGGUAGAGCUUGUUUUUCUGUUUUGAUGGAUUAUAUGUAUUAUAUCCGUAAUCCUAAUCCAAAAGCUGAGAAGUUCCUUUUAAACCUGGUAAGGAAUCGAUACAGCUUUGAAAAGCUAAUAAUAAGUGGAUUUGUUGCCGAGAUGGAAAACAGAAUUUCUAUUGUUCAUGAUCCUAAAGUAUGUUUUCGUUGCAUGCAGAUAAAUGCUAUUUACGAAAAUUUGUUGUCUGCCAUACGACAAGAAGCUGAAUCAGACUAUGGAGUUGGAACAUUAUGCCAUAUUUUAUCUACUGGAAAAAAAUCUAGUCAAAUUUAUGCUGUACAUGCAGUUUCAAAAUUAAUUGUUCUGAAAUCUGCCUUGUUCAAAUUAAUUAUUCAAGGAAAUGGGUUGUCACUCUUAUUAAAACUUUUAACUGAUGAAUCUGCGACAGUUAGUACAAAUGCUGUAUUAUAUCUGUGUCAACUGUACCAAAAUUUGAGAAAAACGACUUAUAAUGAGGCAGUGGAAAAUUGUUGUUUCUCAGGAACUUGCAAAACCCAAGUUGUUUCAAAAUGUGCUUAUAAGGAUGCAAUAUGUGAUGUAACCUUUUGUGUUGGAGGUAUAAAUAUAUCCGCUUGUCGUGACACCAUAUGUAGUAACUCGGAAUAUUUCAAUGCCCUUUUAAAGGGGCAUUUUUCAGAAAGCAAAAAAGACUGUAUUAAAAUUGAAGGAAUAUCAGCAGAAACUCUUACCACUAUCUUCCAUUUUCUUCAUGGUUGUAAGACUGAAAGUUCCUGCCCAUAUAUUAAAAGAAUUCCAUUCGCGAUUCAACUAGAGUUGUUAUCUGAAUGUGAAAAAUUUCUCCUUUUUGAUGCCAAAGCUUAUAUUGUAGAUAGACUAUGCCACAGUUUAUUCCCUAAGACUGUUCCUAAAAUUUAUGAAGCAGCAAAAAUUUUUAAUUCACCUGAAUUGCUAAAGAAAGCUUUGCAUUUUGUGUUGUCCAUGGAUAUGACCCAGAAGGAAGCUCUGCUUAAUUGUUUUCAAGAACUGAUGAGUUUGGAAAAAGAUUUUAACUUUUUUGAUGAUGUCAAAGUUUUCAUACAAAACACUUUCAUGAAUACUGCACCAAUAAAUAUGCAGAUGGAAAAUUAAUAAUUAAAAAUUUUAGAUUAUGUAAUAUAAAGUAAAAAACUUUCGCUAUUCAGACAAAACUUCCCAAAAGUUAUUGGUUGUUUUUCCUGUUUAUCAUUAUUAUGAUUUCACAGUCAAAAAUAUGUUUAUAUAACCUUAUGUUCAGAAUCGGAUAAAAUCAAAAUGCAUUGGUAAUAUUAAUUAAAUCUCUGUACUGUUUCAUUAUUAUGAGGAAAAAUUAUUAAUUUUGGAUAAUGUUUUUUAUUAAAAAAAUUUAUGCUAGAAUUAAUAUACUUUUUCUAUAAAAAUGAUGUUCCAAAGUCAAACAUAUUUAUAUAGACCAA